AUGUUCGCACCAUUGACCGCCUUGACUGUUCUUGCCGCUGCGCUCGUCGCUCGCGCCGUCCCGACACCUAGCGAACCCGGCCCAGGAGACAUUUUCAACGAAGGCGCAACGUGCCGCAUUGUUUGGGGCGGCGACACCGGUACGACCGAAGACUGGAAGACCAUGAACAUCCAACUCAUGACUGGCGACAACUUUAAUAUGAUUCCUCUGACGACUCUUACCACCGUUGAUGGCACCAAGGCCGGGCAGUACGAGUACAAAUGUCUUGCGGUUGAGCCCAACUCGGCCAUAUAUUUCUAUCAGUUCUCCUCGCCUGUCGACCCCGAAAAGACGUGGACCACCAGAUUCACCAUUGCUGGCCCUAAUGGCGAAACCGUACCUCCUGCGAACGCACGCCAACCUGGUACUAACGACCCCAUCCCAUGGGGUGUUGGAAAGCUCGUAGACGAAUCUGCCGCAACACCGCCUCCCACUAUUGGUGGUGUCGCCGGCGGAGGUGCUCCUUCCUCUCAGGUACCUACUGGUGGGAUUGCCUCAGGCGCGCCAGCACCCUCCUCUUCUUCACCCUCAGCAGAACCAUCCGUCGAUGCCCAACCGCCCACUGUCGCACCCAGCUCGUCCCCCGUAGCUGUCUCGUCGAAUCCCUCAACGACGAAGAUACAAGCCGUACAAUCUCCCAUUAGCCGAAGCGCAUCUUCCUCGAGCGCCGCCGCCACAGGCUCAGCCGUUGCCGUCAACGAGAACGGCGCCAUGGGAGCUAUGGCCAUGCAUCCCCGUGUGUGGCAGGCAGCAUGUGCUUUCGCGUUGACUUUGCUUCUUUGA